GUCGACCUCAACUACUGUUCCUCACCAGCUGUUCUGAUUAAUCUGGUUGCGGACAUUGCUGGCCAAAAGCCAGCCUAACAACUCCUGGGACGAAUGAGUGAGUAGCAAGGAAAUAGUGUCAUCGAAGAUGUAUGUAGAGCUAGGCUUGUACGACUGUCUUGUAUUAGCCGCCAUCAUCUUCUACUCUUCCUUGAAGUGGUUGCACGAUGUCAAGCAUGUCGCACGGUCCUAUCAUGAAGACGGGCCUUGGUCGCCAUUCGAAGAUCUAAAAGUUAGUCAACAGACCACACCUCACAUACCCGAGGAUCCUCAAGCUACCAGAAACUCCGAGAUCUCUUCACCGGCUAGCUCUCCCCCAUCAAGCCAGCCAGCCAGGUCGAGCGUCGUCGAAGUCAUCUCAGAUACAGACCCGUCCUACUCUGUGCCCUCCUCUAGGUCAAGCUCCCGGCAUUCGACCUUCAAUAACCAUGAAGUCGCCGAGGUCCCGGUUUCCACGUUCUCUGAGCGCAUCUUGACGAAUGACCUGCUCUACGACCUGAUUCUCUGGUUCAGCACACCCUCCGCCCUCAUGCGCCUCUCGCGUACCUGCCAUGCUGCACAUGCUGCCGUCCGCUCCCACAUCACCCGCUCCUUCAACAUCAACGCCCACCUCUCGCACUUCUUCACGUCCCCGCUUGCCUUUCGCUCGCUGCAGGCCCGCACCAGCGCGCUCAUCUCGGGCUCCAGUGCUUUACAGUUCCUCGAUCGCGUGCACUAUCCCGAGGCGGACCUCGACAUCUACUGCGCGUACGAGGCACGCGCAGAGCUUGGCUGGUGGCUCAUCCAACAUGAGGGCUACAAUUUUAAACCGAAUAGUCGGCAGGAUCCGUCUUUCCGUGUCGCGCUCGAGCAGGCGCGGGUUCCUGGUACGGCGCCGCCGGGCAGCCCAUACAGCCGCCUGCGAGCCGUAUCGGCCGUGUACACCUUCACCAGGCGCGUCGAGAGCCUGGACGGACCGAGUAGGCGGCUCAAGGUGCAAAUUAUCGUCGCGUACAACAGCCCCAUGGAGGCGAUUUUUGAUUUCCACUCUACCGUCGUGCUUAACGUUAUCUCCUUCUCGCACGCCUACUCGCUCUAUCCGCUCGCUACUUUCCAUCAUCGUCUCUCGCUCUCUCUCGUUCCUGCUCGCCAGCUUGAAGCUGCCGUACAAAGGAAGUACACCUUCCGCGGCUGGACGUUCGUACACAGUGUACCCACCCCACCGCCCGAGCAUGGCACGACCGACGAGAUCGUCCUCCGGCUGUUCCGCCCGCGCGAAUGUGCCGAGUGCCCGCACUGUACCCGCCAGCGCGAGCUCGAGCGCAGUGUAGCACAGGCUUUCCCUGUGGGCCUGCGCUGGAUCGGCGACAGGCACAGCUGGGUCCUGCCAUUAAACACAGAGGGCGUGGAGGUGCCGACAGUGCUGGGAGAUGGGGUUAGUCCUCCAAUCUCGCACGACCCGUGCUUUGUUACGAGUUGGGAGAUGACGAAGCGAGUGGGACGGGAUGGUACCGCUGGGCGCGCAAUCAAAGCCAAGGUCCGCCGACCGCCGGGCUUCUGGCAUUGCUACGUCGUGAGCGAUCCAAAGCUCAAGAAAGCGAUGAAGAUGAUACAGGAGUUGUAUGUAGAUAUUCCUGAAAGGGCGAAUGAGGACCCCAAGUGCUGUGAUGGAGAAUUCAUUCGCUAUUGCAAAGCAGUGUUGGAAGACGAGAAGAUGUGGAAUAAGUGGUACCCAUCAGCACGAAGCGUCCCCGAGAUUGAACUUUAAAAUGUUCAAUAAUCCGUACUUUCUUGUUGAGUUUGUCCUUGUUCAUUUACUGUAUCAGUACAUUCUUGUCGUCAUGGUCCACUGUACAAUAAGAGACUCGAGAUGCG